AUGACCGUCGGUGAGAUAAAAGGGAAAUCUAAAGUUGAGGAUAGUUCUGAAAAGAAAAACCAAAAGCCAGUCGAAAAGAUAGACAUUGCACUUUUGGAGGAAGACGACGACUUCGAGGAGUUUCCAGCUCAUGCUUGCGUAGAAGGCCAUCCUAACGAAGAAGCUACUGUCUGGGAAGACAACUGGGAUGAUGAUAUUGUGGAUGAUGAGUUUACUCAUCAUUUAAGAGCUGAGUUCCAAAAACAGGGAAAAGCCUUCGUUGUACCUGAAAUCUCUGCGAAUUUGGAUUGA